AUGAAAGGUUUAAAGCUGAUGUUGAUACAGAUUGGAGAUCUUCCAGAGGUCGCUUUCAGCCUUAUAAAAGGGCCGAAUGGGCAAGGAAAUAAAGGUUUUCAAUCAUCAAAUAGGUUUGAUUCCGGCGGAAAAGUAGAUCAUGGUAGCUCAUCCAAUAUCAUCCAAUGGAGAGUUUUGGAGCAAGCAAAGUUAACCGAAAACAUAGUUUCGGCAACAAAGCUUCUGGCCGGGUUCAACUUAACAAUUGUAAUAACCCGGGGAGAAAUUCUGCUGACCACACAUGCUGAAGGAAUAAAGAAUACCACUAUGUUCGAAGUGGUAGAUGGCGAUAUGGGAUACAAUGUAAUCCUCGCAAGGCCUUGGAUACAUGAAAUGAAGGUUCCUUCAACUUAUCAUCAGUUGCUGAAAUUUCCCACACCAGAGGUAGUCAAGCAGAUCAGAGGUGAUCAACCAGCUACAAGAGAAAUGAAUGUGGUACCGAGGUCUUUUCAGGUGCCAGAGGAAACAGAUGCGAUCAAAUCAACUACUGAAGAGCUUGAACAAAUGUCCUUGUUCACGGGAUAUGAUAGGUAUUCCAUUGGAAGUGGUGUCCACAAGCUGAGUUUGGAUCCUAACUUCCCUCCGGUAAGGCAGAAGAAACGACUGAUAGCAGACGUCAGAAACAGGUUUGUCAAAGAAGAAGUAAUCUGA